AUGCCUGUCCUUAAUCUGAGCGAGCUCAACAUCGUCACCUCGUUGGCCGGUGCUUUUCUUGUCCUGUACGGGGUUUUCUCUGUCAAGAUCAAGAAUGCCUGGUAUCUGGGGGAGGCGCUCCCCGCGAUGCUGAUCGGCAUCUGCUUCGGCCCUGUCGCCGCCAACUUCCUCAACAGCAAGAACUGGGGAUUGAAGGAGGAGGGCCAACAGAGCGAAAUCACUCUUGGAAUCACCCGCGUGGUCAUCUGCCUCCAGCUCGUGAUAGCCGGCUACCAGCUGCCGGCCAAGUACGUCUGGCAACGCCGCCGCGACAUCUUCAUGUGCCUCAUCCCCAUCAUGACGCUCAUGUGGCUCUGCACAACCGGCUGCUUCAUGGCCACGAUCCCCAACAUCACAUUCCUCGCCGGUCUCGCCAUCGCCUCCGCUGUCACCUGCACCGACCCCGUUCUCUCCCAGGCUGUGGCCAAGGGUCCCUUCGCGGACAGAUAUGUCGCCAGACCUUUGCGUGAGAUCAUCUCGGCCGAGGCUUGUCUCAACGACGGGUUCGGCUUCCCCUUUCUUAUGCUGGCCGUGUACCUCAUCCGACAUGCGGACCCCAUUCCUUACGACGGCGAGGGAGUCAUUGGCGACGUCCACAAGUUGAUGGUACGUGCGGGCGGCGAUGUCGGUCGCCUCGGGGGAGGGCCAGGAGUGGCGAUCAAGAACUGGGUUCUUGAAACAUGGUUGUACUAUGUCAUGAUGUCGGCCAUGUACGGCAUCAUCGUCGGGUUUGCGGCCUGCAAAGGCAUCAAAUUCAGUCUCAGAAGACGCUGGAUCGACUCCGAAUCAUACGUCCUCUUCCCCGUCGCCAUCGGCCUCUUCAUCCUCGGCACCUGCGGCUGCCUCGGCACAAACGACCUCCUCGCCUGCGCCGUCUCGGGAGUCAGCCUGAACUGGGACGGCGAGUUCCUCGCUGAGACGGAGCGCCGCCACGACGAGGUCAACAGCUGCUUCGACGUCCUCCUCAACUUCGGCGGCUUCAUGUACAUCGGCUCCGUCAUCCCCUGGGCCUCCUUCCACGACCCCGAUGGAACGGGCAUCACCAUCUGGCGCCUCCUCCUCCUCGGCCUCAUGGUCCUCGCCCUCCGCCGCAUCCCCGCCGUCCUCCUCCUCUACAAGCUCAUGCCCGGCGUCAUCGCCAACUACAAGGAGGCCCUCUUCAUGGGCUACUUCGGGCCCAUCGGCAUCGGCGCCGUCUUCUACGUCGAGCACAUCCGCCACGUCGUCCCCGCUGCUGGCGAGGGCGACCCGGAGCAGGAUGGGCUUAUCCGCGCCCUCCCCAUCACCAUCUACUUCCUCGUCGUCUUCUCCAUCGUCGUGCACGGCCUCUCCAUCCCCCUUCUCAGUGUGCUCUACGGACGCAUGGGCAUCAAGCCCAUCCAGGAAGACGCCGUCACCAUCCGCCGCAAGUCGCUCUGCAUGGCCCCGCCGACCAAUGCCGUCGCGGGCGACGACCAGACCUUCAUCGCGUACAACCGCUUCCGAAGGCCGACCAUCGACAUAUCAAGGGACCAGCUGCCGUUCCAUGAGGACGAGGACACCGAGCGCCGCGACAGCUGCCAGAACGCCGUCGUCAAGCCGCCCAACUACCCCGAGGACGACGACGAGGCGGAGAAGAAGCGGUACCAGAGGAGGGUUGUUCGCUACGGCGUAUAG